CACUCAGGAGAGAAGCCCUAUGUGUGCGAUAUAUGUGGACAUAAGUUUACUGUAUCCAGUAACCUCAAAAUGCACAUGCGCACUCACACAGGAGAGAAGCCAUUUAAAUGUAACAGAUGUGAAUACAAGUGUGCAUCCUCUGGACACCUCAAGAUACACAUGCACACUCACACAGGAGAGAAGCCCCAUGUGUGCGAGAUAUGUGGAUAUAAGUCUACUCAAAGCACUAACCUCAAAACUCACAUGCGCACUCACACAGGAGUGAAGCCAUUUACAUGUGACAUAUGUCAAUACAAGUGU